AUGGCACUUGUUGCAGCUGCCGCGCUGGCGGGAGGCGUGGCCUCUGGCAUGUACCUUGACGCCAAGUAUCAUUUAUCCAAGGACAUCAGCACGCUCCGAGGUCGUCGGGCAGUGACCAAAGCAAUCAAAGAUUCCGUCAAGGCAGGCCGCGUAUCUCCGUUCUACAUUUUCGAAGAGUCGGUGCAAAGACACCCUUACGACGAAGCCAUCUGGACGCGAGACGGCAGCGUAUCUUGGAAGGUAACUUACGACAGAUCGAACCAAUACGCCCAGGUCUUCCUGUCUCAUGGAGUGAAACCCGGUGAUUUCGUCGCCUUGUUCAUGCAGAACUCGCCAGACUUCGCUUUCGCCUGGGUGGGAUUGCUCGCCAUCGGCGCGGCCCCGGCCAUGAUCAACUACAACCUUGCCGGCAAGGCCCUCCUCGGGUGUAUCGAGAUCAGCACAGCCAAGUUGGUGGUCGUCGACGGAGGCCCGGACAUUGCCGCCAAGUACGAGGAUGUCCAAACGGAACUCGGUCUGAAAGGCAUCAAAGUCAUCAACAUUGGACAAGAGAGAUCGCACAUUUACCAGAUGGAUCCCGUGCGGCCGGGAGAUGAACUGCGAAGCUCAAUGACGCCUGGCGAUGCAAUGGCCAUGUUCUAUACCAGCGGCACCACAGGUCUUCCCAAAGCCGUUGCUUUGCCUGCCGCAGCCGCAGGUGGUUUGUCGUUGCCGAACGACCUUGGCUUUCAUCCGGUGGAUGGAAAUCGGGAAAGAUGCUACAUAUGCAUGCCAUACUAUCACGGAACUGGUGGCAUUACAAUGAUAUCACAAAUCCUGUCCGGAUCGACUGUUUGCAUGGCACCCAAGUUCAGCGUCUCGAACUUCUGGGCCGACAUCCGCGACUCCCACGCAACAUGGUUUGUGUAUGUUGGCGAGACUCUCCGUUACCUUUUAGCAGCACCGCCCUCGCCGCGUGACAAAGAUCACAGCGUCCACGCGGUGUUCGGCAACGGCUGCCGGCCCGACGUAUGGAAACGCUUCCAGGACCGUUUCGGCAUCGAUACGAUAUGCGAGUUCUACAACAGCACCGAAGGCGCGCUGGGUCUCCACAACCUGUCCCGCGGAGACUUCCUCGCCAACGCCAUCGGUCACCAUGGUCUGUUGCUGCGAAUAAAGUACAGGAACAAGAUCGUCCCCGUCAAAGUCGAUGCGGAGACUGGCCAGAUCAGACGGGACCCGAAAACGGGACUCGCCAUCCGUGCCCCUUACGAAGUCGGCGGGGAAAUCUUGACAGAGCAUCCCGGCGAGCGUGCGUUUCCGGGCUACUUCAACAACGAGGAUGCGACGAGCAAGAAGUUUGUCAGAGACAUCAUCAAGAAAGGCGAUUGUUUUUAUCGAACCGGAGACUCGAUUAGGCGUGAUGGAGACGGCAGAUGGUUCUUCCUGGACCGUCUGGGAGACACGUAUCGAUGGAAGGGCGAGAAUGUGUCAACCGCAGAAGUCUCCGAGGUUCUUGGUAGCUACCCCGGAGUCAAUGAAGCGGUCGUCUAUGGUGUUCAACUUCCGGGGCACGACGGCAAGGCUGGCGCAGCUGCACUUGACAUCGCCCCGGGCCAGAAGUCGUCAUUCAACUUUGCUGACUUUCUCAGCUAUGCGCGCGCCCGACUUCCAAGGUACGCGGUUCCCGUCUUCGUCCGUCUGCUGAACGAAGGGACGGCGACGCACAACAACAAACAGAACAAGGUCCCGCUUAAGAACGAAGGCGUGGAUCCGAGCAAGGUUCAGGGCGGUGAUCAAAUUCUCUGGAUCGAGAAGCUCGGCAGGGGUAACACAUAUGUACCAUUCACCCAGAACGAUUGGGACAACCUUGGCAUAGGGAGGGCAAAGUUGUAA